AUGACGGCGAUCUACAUCAAGAACCGCCUGCCUUCACCCAAGAUCGACCACAAGACUCCGUUCGAGAUCGUGUACAAGUCGAAACCAAGUGUCAAGCACAUGCGCGUGUUUGGAUGUCGGGCGUUUAUCCUGACACCAAGGGAGAAGCGAUUGAAGUGGGACCCGAAGGCUUGUGAAGGGAUGUUCAUGGGCUACGAAGAAGCGUCAAAAGCUUAUCGAGUGUACGACAUUGAGGCGGGCCAAGUGGUGAUCAGUCGUGACAUCACCUUCGACGAAUCGACUUUUGACUUUUCGAUGGACCGACCAAGUGACGAUGAUGAAGAUGCGGAGUUGGACCUCGACCUCCUGGCGAUCAACGAGGACGACGUGCGUCAAACCGUCUACAAGCAGACUGGCAAGCGCAAGAGUGAAGCAAGACCCGGCAUGUCACGGUCAGCUCGCCCUCGAACUGGGUUGGAACAAGCAAGUGCGCCGGAACACGUCUCCAACCGUCACCAGAAACGACGAUCAAGUGCUCCAGAAACGAUGUCUGAUGACGAAGAAGAUGCAAGCGUGUACGAUCAAGAUGACGACUCGACGCCUCCAACAUUUUGGCGUGCAAGUGCAAACGCAGUGGAAGCAACGGACCUAGCAGAACCUGUGACUUUUCAAGACGCGAUCAAUGGUCCUGAUCAAACUCACUGGCGAAAUGCUGUGAAGGCGGAACUCAAGUCGAUGCAUCUUCGUGGAGUUUUCCGUGCGGCAAAACUGCCAAGAGGCCAAGGCGCGAUCGGCACCAAGUGGGUGUUCAAGAUCAAGCGCAAAGCGGAUGGAUCGGUCGAGAAAUACAAGGCGCGUCUCGUUGCCAAGGGCUUCAAGCAGAAGUACGGCAUCGACUACACAGAGACGUUCUCGCCCGUGGUCAAGUACGUGACACUGCGUAUGGUGAUCGCGAUCACCAAGUAUUUCGACUGGCCACUGGACCAACUCGAUGUGGUGACAGCCUUUCUCUACGGAGUGAUGAAGGAGAAGGUGUACUGCGUGAUACCAGAAGGCGUCGAGAUGGAUGGCGACUUCGACUGUCUCGAGUUGGUGAAGGCGAUCUACGGUCUCAAGCAAGCUUCACGUGUGUGGAACGAGACUUUCGACGAGUUCGUAUGCUCCAUCGGUUUCGAAGCGUCGGCGUUCGACCCAUGUCUCUACAUCAAGGUUGUCGACGGUCACUGUGUGCUCGUGCUGGUCUACGUGGAUGACGUGUUGGUCACCGGUGAUGAACUUUAG